GCGAUACUUCGAGAUCCUCGUAUCUUUUUAAGACCACAUCUCAAAAACUUUACAUCACCAUGGCUUACAAAGACAUUGUCCCUGUGGGCACCGUGCUUAUCUUAUGUGCCACUUCUUUUGGUCUUGGAGUCGUCUACUCCAAUACCGCUUAUGAUUUCCACACUUUGUGGAGACCCACCGAGGCUGGGUUUGAGCGUUCGUUGAUACAUUACGCAAACUGGGCCACGGCGCCUAUGCGCGUGCACCACAUUUUGCACUUUGUGAUUUUGUUGGGUUUAAUCGGCUGCUUCAUCAAGUUGUACAAGCCAGCAGAAGAGGUCAAGUACUUUGAGUACGGCACUUUGGGCAUGAUGAUGGCGGCGAUCAUCAUCUACUUGACGAACUUGAGAAUCGGCGCCAACUCGUGCAUUUCGGGCGAGUGGGGCGAUGUUGAUGCAUACACCGGGGUGAAUGUGAUGGCUGCUUCGCAAUUCAUGAUGGUUAUUGUUUUGGUUGGUGUCUUGGUUUUGCAGGGCGGAUUAUACUACGCAGAAUGGUAUGAGAAGAAAAUCCAAAGAGAGUUUUUGGAGAAGGAGGCUGCUGCUGCCGCAGGACCUGCCGCUGCUUCACAGGCUCCAGAAGCCACCUCCAGCUCCGUGGAAACCAAAAAGUCUAAGGCCAAGAAGAGAGUUUGAAUUUCCGGGCCGAUAUCUGAAAGUUGAGCCUGGCAAGCCGAAUGCCACUAUUUAGUAUAUAUCGACACAAGACUUUAAUAUUCUCGUUGAUGUAUUUGGAAAGCCUGCGUGCCAAUGUGCAGAUACUAAUGGGUGGUCAGCGAAUGCCUAAAAAUAUUGUUGAUGCAAGUCUAAAAGUAUCAGGCUAGUGUAAAGAUACUGUAGUGCAUUGGAAGCACAUCGAUACCAUACAUUAAUGAAUGCAGUAAGCCUCACUGAAGCUGGUGAGAAUACUUAAGUUCG